AUGCAGAAUAUAAGAUUACAAAAGAAGCGUCUGGAAGAAGAUAGUAGUUGUGCUACACAUAAGUCAUCUUAUAAAUUUAAUUAUCCAGAUGGUAAUGUAUUUAUACUCGACAUGUGCUCAACCCCACGUGGACGAGCUGUUGCAGCCAGCAAUAUUUCUUUGGUCUUCCCAAUAAUGACCACCAUCCAUUUACAAAUGGAGGGAAAUCAUCACGCAAGAAUUAUUUGUGAGGUUGCGAUGGGUCAAAGUUUCCGUGAUCUGACGAACAAGUGUCAUCUCUGGUUGAAAGAACAAUAUGAAUUAAAAACAAGACAAGUAACGCGAAAUACACAAGGGCAUUUUGAUCGAGCAAUGACGACAGUAUUAUGGAGACAGGGAGUGCAAUUUCAAGAAUGGGAAUUUGGAACUAAACAAAAGGUGACGAUAACCCCACUGGUAUAUUUUAAAAUUACACCAUCAAACGACGAAAUAUCGAAACUAAGUUAUUGGUCAGAAUUAGGUGGAAUCAAUUUUGAUGAAGCAAUUGAAAAACUAGCUGAACUUGAAAAGAAGGAAGAACUAUUCAAAGUUGAUUAUACAUCAUUAGAAGAGAUAUCUCAGGUAGCUCCUGAGCCUGGUGUUGAAUCCAAGCCCGAAGAGGUCUUGCAGCAGAAACCUACUAGCGGAGAAAAUAAUGUUAUAAAUGAAAGUGACAAUUUAACAAAUAUGGCUACAGGUUUCAGAUCAAUUGGUUUGGAAGAGCCUUUAAGCUUACCUAGUCCAACUAGUUCGCUAACAUUUAGGUUAAGUACCGGGGGACAAAAGUAUUGCACGCUUUUAUUUUUUCAAUAA